GAGUAAUACUAGAAGUAGCAAAUGUAGCAGAAAUAGUAGAAGUAGCAGAAGUAGUGAAAGUAGUAGAAGUAACAAAAGUAGUAAAAGUAGUAGAAGCAGUGAAAGUAGUAGAAAUAGUAGAAAAUAUUA